CAACCCGACCGACCACAUUGGUGCGACACAAGGCGAACCCCGUGCGCAGCAAGCGAAAGCGAAGCGAAGCCCUCCCCACGAACGAAAACGAAACGACUUGCCUUUCCCGACACUGCUCUUCCUCCUCCGCGGCCAAAGGCACCUCCCUGAUCCGAUCCGAUCCGAAUCGCCAUGGAUUUCUUCAAGUCCAUCCUCGCCGAGCCCGAUCCGGACCCAGCCUCGCCGCCGCCUGAGGCGGAGCCCGAGACCGGCCCCGCCGGAUCCGCCCCGUCCCCACCCGCCGCUCCCGCUGCCGGCGGCGGCGGGGGGUGGGGCUUCGGCGGGCUGCUCAAGACGCUCACCUCCCAGUCCGAGACCGUGCUCGAGGCCUACCGCCGCGACCUCGCCGAGUUCGGCACCGGCCUGCGCCGCGAGACCGAGGUGCUCCGCGAGGCCGCCGCCCGCGCCGCGCGGGACCUGCCCUCCUCCGCGCACGCGCUCGACGGGCUCGCGGACAUCGUCGCGCAGGGCAAGGACGCGCUCUCCCAGGUCGCCGCCGCCGCGGCCGCCCCCACCUCCGCCUCCACGCACUCCGACGGCGGCGACUCCGAGCCCAGCUCCGCCCCCGGCCAGCUCCGGUACAAUCGCUUCGAGGCGCAGCUGCGGACGCUCCAGGCGGAUCCGGCCACCUUCACUGCCGAUCCCGAGGAUGCCGAGGACUUCGCGGCGUGGAGUAAAGGGUUUAGUUUGGAUGAGAGGAAGGGGGAGAUCGAGGCCCUGUGCUACGAGAGUGACGCGCUGGAAGCGAUGGCGGACAGGCUCGUGCCGGACACUGUGGAGAGCGAGGUGUUCUGGGCGAGGUACUUUUACCGUGUCCAUAAGCUGAAGCAGCAGGAGGACGCGAGGGCGAUGCUUGUGAAGCGCGUGAUUGCGCAGGAGGAAGAUGAAGAUCUGAGCUGGGAGGUGGAUGAUGAGGAUGAGGAAGAGCAGCAGAAAGAGGAUGCGAAGGAGCUACCAGCAAGGCAAGAGCCGAUCAAAGAAGAAAUCAAACAUGAAGUGGUCGAAAAGGAAAAUGAGAGAAUGGUGGAAGAACACAAAGUUGAGGCAGUGGAAGGAGCGUCUGCUUUGGAGAAGGAACAGAAGAAUGCUGAUGGGCCACAACCAGUGGUUUUCGGUAGCUCUAUGGUGGUAGUGGAUGAGGAGGAGAAGGAUGAUUUGGAGAAGCAACAGAAGAAUGCUGAUGCGCCACAACCAGUGGUUUUUGGUAGCUCUUUGGUGGUAGUGGAUGAGGAGGAGAAGGAAGAGCCCUCCAAGUCGAAUGUUGAAGAAUCAGGUGACAAGAAAGAAGGAGCAAAGCAUGAGACAAGCGAUUCAAGCAAGGAUAGUGAUUACUCCAUAGUGUCUAGACAGCGAACAACAACGGAGGACGAGGACCUUGAGUGGGAUGAGAUUGAGGAUCUUGGAGAGCAUGAAGAAAAGGACAGCACCCACGGCUCUAGCCCUGCUCUGAAGGAGGACUUGCGGAAGAGGCUGAGUGUUGCUGAAGAUGACGAGGAUUUGAGCUGGGAUAUCGAGGAUGAUGAUGAUAAGGCUUGAAUAUUCAUGCAGUUCCUAUGGGGCGAUGCUACAACAAGCUCUGCAGUGGUUUUCACCGUGUCUUGAAUAUUCUGAGUAGCGUUGUGCCCAACAUUUUGAACCGUCGGAUACCAAUGGAAGCAUCCACCUGUUU